AUGUGCUUCAUGGCGCUAGUGGCGCAGGUCAUCAGCAUCUUUUCCAUCUCGGACAACUGGGCGCGCCGCCACACCGUCGUCGGCGGCGAGGCCAACCCUCGUGGCCAUCCUGUGCGUCCUGACGGGUCUGUCGGCUGCGUACCAGGACGACUGCAACACCGAUGGGAGCCGCGACCGGCGUGGCCUUCAUCUUUCAUGUUUGCGUUUGCGUACUCGUUCUACUUCAACUCGGUGGUUCUGGGUGCUAGUGGCUGA